AUGGACCAAUUAUUAUCGCCUGGGGCAGGUCUGGUUCUGGAUAUGCGUGGAGCGGAGCCACCCGAGGCCCUUGCCUGGGAGUACGUGAAUGCUUUCUUCGACAAUUGCUGGGAGGCGCGAUUAGGUUUCGUUUCGCGGUCAGACUUUGAGGCGCAACUGCAAGCUCAUUUCUACAACGAAACUCCCUGGUGCAAUGAUCAUGCCACAUAUGCUCUUCGCAAUGUUGUGUUUGCAGCGGGAUUCCGCAGCCUACAGGCACAAUCAGGCACAGUUUCAUACACCACAGCACAGAAAGACGCCUGGCAAGGGUGCUUUAGCAAUGCUUUGUCGGUGUUAGCGGGGCUUUUGUUGUCGCCCUCACAACUAUCCGCCGUCCAAGCUCUGGCGUUGAUGGCGUGCUAUGUUGAGAGCUUGGGUCGACCGGGAUUCCAACGUAUACUGUGUGAUAAUGCAGUGCGCGCCGCCGUCACACAAGGUUUGCAUCGCGAACAUAAACAACUCAUCAAUACCUCCUUGGACGAAAGCGUGAAGAACGCCUGGCUGUGGUGGUCGCUAUACGUUCUGGAAAAACACAUUGCUUUUGUUAGUGGCACUCCAUCAGUGAUUGACGACUCCACCAUAACGACACCAAUACCAUCAGAAGUUUCUAUGGAUAGCAACAUCGAUAUGCAAUACCUCACGCUCGCCUUGCGUCAUACGAAGAUAUGCUCGCGCAUAACAAGAGAGCUCAUGUCUACCCAAGCACGGAGAUUGUCUGUCGAUGCCUUACGCAAAACGGUGAAAGAAUUUGAUCAACAAAUCAAGGAUUUUCUCAGAGAUCUUCCAUCACGUUUCCAAAUUGGUACACUAGCGAAGCUGUCCACAGACGGACAGAGAAUCCCACAUCCUAAUCAAGCCUUGUACCUUCACUUUUCUAUCUACGGAAGUCUACUUGCUGUACAUUCGCAAUUCUUCUACCCUUGGAUUUCCUCGAGGCUUGUGGACCACGACCCAGAAAAUCUGAUUGCCACACAGCUCAAGGCCUCGUCAAAUAUUGUUGCUGAAGCCGCCCGGAAGAUCUUGGUAGCCCUUCGAACACUCACCACUGAUGCGGCCACCCCUGGUUGGCUGGCUUUCUCUUACCCGAUAUACGCACACCUAAGCUUACUGGUUUAUGUGUUGCGGAAUCCGACCGCUUCAACAACCAGGGCUGAUCUUGGUCUACUUGAUGUGUGCGCUGGACAUUUUGGAUACAUUGACUUCAUCACUGCUUCAGCAGUAUCCAUAUCUUUACCGCGAGAGUCAGUCAAUCUAGCAGCUAAAGUCGUCAAGGCCGCAGAAAAAAGACAGGACGAAGACAGGGCAGCGGAUCUCGAUAGAAUCACGGACAGCACACGCGGCUAUAUUCCUGGCAAGCCAUAG